GGCCAAUCGCUAGAAAAUGAUUUGGGAGUGAAAAAUAAAAUAAUCGAAGACUUGCACGCUGCUCUCGACAAUGCGGAAAAAAUUGCCGCCGAAUCACAACUUGCCAGCAAAGACAAGAUUGAUAACUUGGAGCAGAGGCUGAUGGAUCUUGAACAGGCCGGACCACAGAUCAUUGAGCCAUUGGAUGCUACAAGUGAUAAUGCCAGUUCAACAAUAGAAGCAUUGCACCGCCAGCUUGAUCUUAAAAAUGAUGAGCUGCGCGAUUUGCGAAAACAGAAGGAUGACACGCAGUGGAAGCUCGGAGAACAUCAGCAGUGGUUGCAGGAUGCUAAUUAUCGAGCGGCAGGCCUGGAAAAUGAUCUGGAAGAAAAGCGUCAGCACAUUGCCGAGCUGCAGUCUAUGCUGGAAAGCUUGAAGCGUGAUCUGGAAGAACAGGAACGUGCCAGUCAGGAAACAGUGAACAAUCUAAAUGAAAAACUGCGUCAGCUAGAAGAAACGCCGACAGCGACAUCAGAUGCAAGCAGUACCCGACAGCUGGAGGAAAAGGUGGAGAAUUUGCUGGGCGAGAUUGCUACCAAGGAUGGCCGAAUGAACGAGCUAGAAAAAGCCAAAAAUGAUGCGGAAUGGAGCCUUGGGGAACAUAGGCAGUGGCUAGCUGAUGCUAACAACAGAAUAAAAGAACUCAUGAAUGUCGUGGAUGAGAAGGAACGUUUCAUCGACAGCUUGAAGAGAAACAAUGAAGAAUUACUGCAGAAGCUAGAAGAUAUUAAGAGCCAGGCAGCUGCAGGAGUUGACGAAAAGCUGCGCGAAAAUGAUAAGCUACGCAAGAAUCUGGAGCAGAUAGUCAGCGAACUAAACAACCUGAAGGAUGCGACGAUUCCAAAGGCAGAGUAUGAAGAGCUAAAGGGGAAACUAGUGCAACUUGAAGAGGCCAGCGUUGGAUCACCUUCAGCUGAACAAUUCGCUAACCUUGAAUCGGAACUCGAAAACAUUCGUAAAAAAGCAGAAGAGGAGCAGGAGGUCAUUGAGAAUCUGGAGAAGCAGAAGAAUGACUUGGAAUGGAGCCUUGGCGAGCAUUGCCAGUGGCUUCAGGAUACCAAAAACUGGGCCAGUUCACUUGAAAAUGAAUUAAACGAAAGCAGGAACGCUACUAGGGAUUUGGAAAAGCAGUUGCACGAUGCGAACGCAUUGGCAGACGAUUUGAAGCGCGACAGGAGUGCUCUCGAAGAUAAGCUGGAACAAAUGGAACGUGAGCGCGAAAUGGCAAUUAAACCGUCUGAUUUCGACGCCCUCAAGGAUGAGCUUGAGAACGUGAAGAAUGAGCUGGAGGCGAAAAGAGAGCGAGUGAGCAAUUUGGAGAGCAGACUGGCUGAUGUAGAGAGGUUUCUGGACGAGAAGCAUCAGCAGCUUUGCAAAGCAAUAAGCAGGACUGCUCUACAAGCAAUAGAAUUGGUGCUAAAAGGUGAGCUGAAGAACUAUACAAAUGCAGAGCGGAAUACACUACCUUUUCUCUGUGUAAAAAUGAGGAGAGAAAUUUUUGCGCUUCUAAUAAUAGACUUGUACUAUUUUAAAGCGCAAGUGAAUGUAGAAGACGAGAUGGAGAAACUAAAUCACUAUGACAGCUUGAUGCCUGAAGCAGCGGAACUCGAUAAUGCAGAGAUGCAGCAGUUAAAGAAUAGAAUGGAAGAGGAUCGGAAGCAGGUUGAUGUUCUACGCAAGGAAAAUGAAAGACUUAUAUCAGAUAUGAAGUAA